GUUCUUACCGAGCCCGGAUUAUGUCCAUCAUGUCACUUCGUCGCCCCUAAAUCAACACAUGUCACUAAACUUCAUUUAAUAACUAUAUGCCUUUUAAGUAGGAGAUUUUAACUGCUAAUAACAUUAGAUUGUGGUUUUAAUAUUGAGCAAUUAUAUUUAUAUACGAAACGUACACAUUUUGUGUGGGAAAUGGUCAAAAUAUGUGUUGUGUGUGGUGCGUAGCAAGUGUGUAGUGUCCGGUGAGCGCCUGGAGGCCGGCCACCAACAUGGUGCGGUUAUACUCUCUCCUCACCGCCCCCUCUACUCCUCACACUGCCACACAACUCUAUAAGCAUUUGUUGAAGGAGUGCAAGAAGCUGCCAGAAGAGUGUCGGCCCUACUACCGUCAUUACAUAAGACAGGCGUGAUUGUCACUAAGCAGGCAGCUCUAGUAAACUGAAGCAGGUUGGCCCGCGUGAUCAGGAAACACGCACUCGGUCGACCCAAACGUGUACCAACAAAUAUCGUUAGUCGACGACACUAUCGGCUUUAAUCAACAUUCUGAAGAAAUAGAUCCGGAACGUUUAAUGCAGAUCAUCAAUCGAGCUGUUGAAGACGGAAAGUGGAUUAUUAAGAAGUACUCCAGAGUUCAAGAAUAAUGCUGCAGAAGAGAAGAACGCUUUAAGCAGAUUAACAUGGAAAAACAGGUUGAAGAAUUGCCUUUAGAAGCACUUCCCUGCCAGUUUUGGGGUGCAGUAAAAAUCUACACAGAGAAGCCACAUAUUAUUAAUCGCAGAAUAUGUGGAGCUGUCAAUUUAUGGAUUGGUGUAACGCAUGACAACUUCUCAAGACAGAGGGUGCUGGGAUUCCUUGAUGAAAUCCUCAAUUACGAUGUUAGAAAUAAAGUAGAAAAUGUUCAUGGAUCUCCAAUCUUAAGUGGCAUUGUUUAUGAUAAUAAUAAUUCUACAGAAGUAAUUGGUAGUAAGUCUAAUAAUGCAGAUAGUGAAGGUGCAGACUGUCAAGCUGAGCUUAAUCAGAUAGAAAAGAUUAAGGAUGUUCUUUGUAAAUGUGGAUUGAGAAGCCUGCAAGAGACCAGUAACUCGGACUGUAGUGAUAAUAUGUGCGGGCAAGAGAAGGGAGCAAGUGAGGACAAUGACUUGAAGGAUCAUGAUCAUUUUAAAUUUUCUAGUAUUGCUAAUGUGAACACUAGACAGCUCGACAUACCUUGGCAACAGCUUCUACAGGAUGAAACUUUAAAGAUUGCAGUGAUCAGAAGAGUUCUGCCAAAACAGGUCGAGAAAUUUACUCCUCCCUUAGAGAUUGUUCUUAUUGAUGGAGAAAAUGUGCGUGUGAGCUAUUUUGCUGCAUCCAAGACAGCCGUCCCCAGUGUCGUCCCGUGCACUAAUUAUUCUUUAUCCUUUACCACAACUGGAAUUGGUCUCUCCUAUUUUGAGGAUAAUGGUAGCGAGUCUCCUGAGGCUCGUGCCAGCACUGUGUGGUUGCAGAAAAAUGUUCUUCCCAAGUUGAAGAAAUGGUCAGCUGAGGUACAAGAAGGUGGAGAUGUGGAGGACAAAGGGUCCCUCAAGCUAAUAAAUGUUCAAGAAUAUAAUCAGUUAUAUCAGCAGUUGAAGAUCAAAUAUGGAAAGGCAUUGGUGAAGAUGUGGCCAGAGACUACAGAUCCUCUGAAGUACGUGUAUGAGGAUAUUGCCAUUGCCACCUAUUUGAUUUUGAUUUGGCAACAGGAAAGAAAAAAGAAAGGACUAACUACCAAUCAAACCUUUGUUGACUUAGGUUGUGGCAAUGGCCUUCUUGUCCACAUCCUGUCAAGUGAAGGGCAUCAAGGACUUGGAAUAGAUAUCAAAAAGCGUCAUAUUUGGGAUAUGUUUCCAAAGCACAUUCAACUGAAGGAAGAAGCCAUUGAACCAUCUGAUAAGAACCUUUUUCCUGCAUAUGACUGGCUGAUUGGUAACCAUUCAGAUGAAUUAACUCCAUGGAUUCCUGUCAUUGCUGCUAAAUCCAAAUAUACAACUCGUUUCUUUGUAAUUCCAUGUUGUGCCCACGACUUUGACUGCAAGUACCGAAGAAAGUAUACAGGUAGAAGCCAGUACUCAGACUAUCUUGAAUAUGUCAAAGAAGUGGGCAGUGUUUGUGGCUUUGAAGUAUGGCAAGACAAGCUGAGAAUUCCUUCGACCAAAAGAGUUUGUCUGAUUGGACAGGAGAGAACAUACAGUGCACUGGAGACCCCUCAGAUGAACCAAAAGAUUGACCAGUUUAUUAGAAAAAGAAGCACUAAAAGUAUAGAGAGUCAGACACGUGAUGGUAGUUGUGAGAACCUUGGAAUUAACACACACAAAGCAGGGAACCAUAUUCUCUGGACAGAAAAUUUUAAAGCUCGGGAUGCUGUGCAAGCUGUGCGUAAUUGUACGCAGCUUGAGAAGACAAUCAAAGAUGAUCUUGUGUCAACUGUAGCCAGAAUGCUCAUGGAAAAAAAACACAUACUAGAGGUUGAAAUAAGCAAGAAUAGUUUUGUAACUUGGGAUCGUGGCGGCAGCAUGACUCUGGGUGACAUAGCUAAACGUAUGGAACCAAACCAGCUGUCAGCACUGAAGAAUGAAUGUGGAGGGUUACAAACACUCCUGAAGAAUCACAAACACAUUUUCAACAUUUCGCGUGGAGUAGCUAAUCUUCAGAUUCCAAUACCAGUAUGGAGAGCAAAAGUAUCAAGUAGUCAUAUCAAGACUAAACUCUGCUGGUUUCACAUCAACCACAUUACAGGCUGCCCAUUGCCCUCUCAAACAUGUGUAUAUGCUCAUGGCAAUUCUGACUUGAAAGAUGUUAGAGAGGUUCCUAGUAAAUAAUGUAACUACAUUCUGUAUAUAAGAAGGGUAGCAUUUUACUGUAAUGGUCUUGCAUAGGUAAAUAACAUUUCAUAAAAUUUGACCAGUUGUAAAUUAAUAAAAAUAAUCUUCUAUAA